CCUCCUCCUCCUCCCGCUUUGGGAUGAAGGAGGAUUCGGAACCACGUGAUUCUUUCAACAUCUCUACGCGGGAGCGGGCGGAGGAGGCGCGCAGGUCGCCCGGCGGACGGACAGACAGACAGACCUACAGGCAGGCACGCCCCUACACCCACUCCUCAAAGGAAAUGCAGCCGGAGAGAAUAAUCCAAGAUAGUUUGUCAGUCUUCAUCCAGAAUCAUAUCCCGGGUGCUGACUUGAGUGGUCUGGAUGACAUUGUUUUCUCCUACAUGGCAAGCGUCCUAGAAGGGCUUGGGUCCCACGAGUCGUUUGAAGAGAAUUUUGACAUGGACACCUUUAUGGAAAUGAUGGGAGCGUAUGUCCCUGGCUUUGCGGAAAUCAACAGUAGCAACGUUUGUGAAAUGAUGGUUUCUCUCUCAGAAAGGCUCCACGAAGCCCGCAGUAAACAAUACACCAUGCAGAGCAGGAGCCAUGUAAAAUCUGAAGCAACGGCCCAUGUGCGUGAAGAGGGAGCAAGUGUGUCUGAGGACAACAGGCUGUCGUGUUCCCCGGUCGAGGGAGCCCCGGCAGAGGAAACACAUGGUGAUCCAGUGGAAGUGAUUCUGGAGAUGUUUCCAUCUUGCACGGUGAGCCAAGCCCAAAAGGCUCUAGGCAUGGCCUUGGGGAACCUGGAGGAGGCAGCACAGCUCAUCCUAGAGGAGAAGGUGCAACUCAACACCCUGGAUACAACCAUACAGGAAGCUUCAAGAUCCCAGAAGACACCCAAGCAAGGCGAAUUAAAGCAAUUUAUCUUGGAGAAGUACAUGAUGGUAGGAACGAAGAGGAUCAGAAAAACACACAGGCCAGCACCCCCCAAAGAGGCUCCCAAGAAGAUGAUUCGCUACAUUGACAAUCAGGUAGUAAGUACAAAAGGGGAACGAUACAAGGAUAUCAAGAAGGCAGAGAGUGAAGAAAUGAAGAGAAUCGGAAACACGUUGCAUCCUCUUUCAACAUCUCUACGCGGAGCGGGCGGAGGAGGCGCGCAGGGUCGCCGGCGGACGGACAGACAGACAGGAACCUACAGGCAGGCACGCCCUAGUGAGUGUUUCCAGAAGCCCUUUGCUUUAGCUGCUUGUCGUCGUUUUUUGCGCGCCUCCUGA